UCGAACCAAAGAUACUCUAAGGGGGAACGUCGUCGUUUUACGAGACGAUUCGUCUUCAAGUUUCAGCAAAUUUAUCAGAGCAACGAAUCGGAGUUUUUUUUUCUUUUGAGUUUUUGCUUUAAUGGCGGAAAAGCUUCAAACAGUUAAGGUUUUAUAUUGUGGAGUUUGCGGUUUACCUGCUGAGUAUUGUGAAUUUGGAUCCGAAUUUGAGAAAUGCAAACCCUGGUUGAUCCAAAAUGCACCCGAUCUCUACCCGGACCUUGUUAAAGAUUCUAAUUUGAAAGAAGCUGAUAAGGUCACUGAUCAGCUCCAGUCAACUUCAAUCUCGGAAGGUUCUUCUACAUCUAAGAAAGAAGAAGUCAAGCGCCUUCCUGGUGGAAAGAUUAAAAAGAAAGAUAAACCGGAGAUAAUUAUUGAAAAGGUCACCAGAAACAGACGGAAGAGUAUCACUACCAUCAAGGGCCUCGAAAUCUUUGGUGUUAAACUAAGUGAUGCUUCAAAAAAGCUCGGCAAAAAGUUUGCUACUGGAGCUUCUGUGGUUAAGGGCCCGACUGAAAAGGAGCAGAUCGAUGUUCAAGGGGACAUAUCCUAUGACAUUGUGGACUUCAUUACAGAAACCUGGCCAGAUGUUCCAGAGUCGGCAAUAUUCUUCAUAGAAGACGGAAAAAAGGUUCCAGCUGCAUAAACUACAGAGAUGACAUCCCUGUUCCCAGCAGAGUGUUUCCCAAGCAAAUGCUCGUAGCACUGUGUUCGUUCAAAUUUGAGGUGAGAAUAUGUAUUGGCUCUAUAGAUGUGGCUACUAUGGCUCCACCCUCUAUAAUAUAAAAAAGCAAAGAAACAUGUCGUAUUACAUAAUGUCGUCCAUUCUUGGUGAAGGUUCAUGUAAUCAAUCGAUCAGACUUGCUUGAGAUAGAGGCGUAGUUGUGUUUUGGCAUUGGUGAGCACAUCCAAUCACCAAUGGCUUUUGAUGUGAAGUCAAUUUUGUUGAACCAAAAAAAUUACAUUUGUAACCCCACCUAGUUUAUGUUUCACAUGCCUAAUUAUAAUUUUAUUAACAUUCCUAAGUGUGAA